AUCAUUGGCUGUCUACCCAUGAGUUCAAAAGUUUUAAAUACCAUUAACUUUACCUCAAAUCACUUCAAAACAUUAAGCGACAAUCUUGUCGCUACAUUGAUUAUUAGAUCCAUUGAUAAAAGUCUACUCCUUCAAACAUUAUGAACAUUUCAUUGAUUAUAUUUUAUUUGACUUUGUUGUUAACAGUCCAGUUAUCAGUGACUCAAUUAAACGGUUCACCGUUGGUUCCAUUGGUAACUCCAUUUCAAGAUGUCAGUAUUGCAUUUUUUAAACAAUUUCUCGAUUCGAUUCCAGUCUCAGGAGAUGUACCUGAUUACGAAUUGCUACAAAAAGUAUCUGGAAAAGCUUUCAAUUCAAAAUUUUUUGACACUGCAAGUCAACUCGGUACAAUAAUUGCUUCACCUCUUGGACCGAUAGCGUCUCCUUACUCGCUUGAUGUUGAUAAACCAUCCAACAAUAACAAUACAUAUGAUUAUGUUAUUGUUGGAGCUGGAGCUGCUGGCUCAACAGUAGCUGCUCGAUUAACGGAAGAUCCGAAUAUUCGUGUCUUAGUUAUUGAAGCUGGUGGAAAGGAGAAUAACUUUAAUGUCAUUCCUUUGUUUGCUUUCUUACAACAAAAAACGCCCAUCGACUGGGGAUAUUACUCGGUACCUCAAACUCGAUCAGCUCAGGGUUUGAACAACAAAAAGAUUCCAGCGUCUCGAGGUAAAGUCGUCGGUGGCUCUACCUCUAUUAACUUCAUGUUGUAUGUUAGAGGCAAUCCAUCAGAUUACGAUAAAUGGCAAGAAUUAGGUGCCACAGGUUGGAAUUACUCAGCUAUGGCUCCUUACUUCGUCAAAAUGGAAGAUUCAAGAGACCCGAGAGCUGAACCAGGGUACCAUGGUACUAAGGGUCCUAUGCCAGUGUCAGAAAUACAAGAUCCUUACCCAGUAGAUGAGGCUUUUUUGGAAGGUUGUCGUGAGUAUGGUCUCAACAUUGGAGACUACAAUGGUGCAGAUCAAAUGCGAUUCCAAUAUGGCUCACAUUAUAUUCGAGAUGGUGAACGUUGGUCAACUGGCCGUGGUUAUCUAGCCCCUGCUUCUUCUCGUACAAAUUUGGAUAUUCUUUUAUUCUCACGAGCGACUAAAAUUAUAUUUGAUGAUGAAAAGCGAGCAAUCGGAGUUAAAUUUACGAGAAAUAAUGAGAAUUAUCAAGUUUUUGCCCGAAGUAAAGUCAUCAUCUCUGCUGGUGGAAUCGCAACACCACAACUGUUGAUGUUAUCAGGAAUUGGACCGAAAGAUCAGUUGGAAAAAUUUAAAAUCCCAACAGUUCAUGAGUCUCCUGGAGUUGGCAAUAACUUACAAGAUCAUCCAUUUACCUUUCUUUUGUAUAAAACAAAUCUCGGGACAAGUUUUGUAGCUCCGCGUUUAGAUACCGCAAAAAGUAUCGCUGAAUAUGCAUCGUCUCAUAAGGGAUCUUUCACAACACCUGGAUUGAAUGUAAAUGGAUUCAUGCGAACUAAAUAUGCAAAGGAUGAGAGAUCGGAUAUUCAAAUACUCGAGUUUAGUUAUAUCAUUGGAGGAGCACUUCCAAACUUUUAUUUAGGUUAUCUGUUGAAUUUCAAUCGACAAACCUACUUUAAAUAUUUUUUGCCUUAUUCCGGAAGCGAUGGAACCAUGUAUGCAGUAAGUUUAGUUAAGCCACGAAACACUGGUACAAUUAAAUUGGCCUCUGCUGACCCUAGAGAUCCUCCUUUGAUCGAUUUCAACUUCUUCACUGAUCCUCGUGAUCUUGGUUCCAUGGUUGAAGGAUGCAAAUUGGUUCUUAACAUAACGAAAACAGAGGCCAUGCAAUCAGUCGGAGCUGAGCGUUUCAAUUCAUCAUUGGGUGAUUGUGACCGAUAUGCAUUUGACUCAGAUGAUUAUUUAAUGUGUCUUACUCAGACGCUAACUUUCACUCUCUGGCAUUCGACUAGCACAGCUAGAAUGGGCUUUUCUGAUGAUCCACUGGCUGUUGUUAGUCCUGAUCUUCAUGUUUAUGGUGUUAAGGAUCUCAUGGUUAUUGAUACAUCUGUAAUGCCUGAGGUACCAACAGGGAACACAGCUACUCCUACUAUAGCAUUAGCUGAGAGAGCAGCAGAUAUGAUAAGAGGAAGAGUAUUGAGACCUCAAAGUCUGCCAUUUACUGACGAAGAUGAUAUAAUUAACGACUAUGUGCCCUAUGAAAUUGAUGAUUAAGUUCAUAGGACUAAAACGAUUAAUAUGAAACACAAACAUCAAAUUCACUUUUAACUAAACUAGAUUGACUUUAUAA